CCUUGGUGGUCAGUGUGGUGGUGAGUGAGAUCUUGGGUUAGGGUUGCCCUGAGCAAGGUGUUUAGUUGCACUAGUGUUCACUAAAGGUCCGUGUGGUUCCAGCUCGCUGUCAGGCGUCGUCCUCCUGUUCCUCCGCAGAGCAGGCCCUGCACUUGGUUCCAGGAGAGACCACAAGGACCUUUCAGCUCAGGACCGGGCGGCACCUGCUUGUUCUAGGCGGAAUCCCCUUUCUCAGCACAGGGUAGUGAGCGUCGGCCAGAUGGCCUGAUGGAUGGCCCCACCCAGUCUGUUUCUUCCCUCAGUUGCACUGAGUGUUAGUUGGAGUCACUUCAACGCCCUGAAUCUCAGUGACAACUCCAGGGUCCCUGAUGGCCUCACCCUUUGAAACUUGCUAAGUUCUGCUCAUUUCAGGGAAACCAAGCACCCUAUUCCUCACUGAACCACCAUUAUUUGGGUGAAAACAGGAAGGUCCUUGGCAUACCUGGCAUGGCUGGUGUUUCCAGACCAGUGGAGCUGAGCAGGAGCCCCCAUGUGUGUACCACCUAAGCAGAGGAGAACCUGCCGCCACCCUCUCUCCCUCACCACAGCAUGCCCUGCCCAUCUGCUUGUGGGAGCUCUGAGGGCUUGGAAGUCCUGGGGACCGCCCUCUCUGCCUCCAGUGGCACCCAUUUCCAGCUGUAGCUGGCUUUGUUCCAGAAAGCUCUCUGAAGUCGUCUCCCAAAGAGGGAGACUUACUAACCCUGCCUAGUGGAUGAGCCAAGUGGCCAGGGUAGCUGGGUCCUGCCUUGGAAUGGUGUGACAGCCAAACCGGGACAGGGAACCCCACUUGGGCAGCACAGUGGUGGGGGCCCCGAGGCUAGCCUGUAAGCAGCAUGGUCCAUGGUCCAGGGGCCUGUGGACAGAGGGGACCCAGCUCUUUGAAGUCUGCAAGACCUUCAGCCUCACAGCCUGCUCUUCCCUUCCUGUCACAGCCUAGCAGAGACAGGGCUUUCAGUCCCACCUGGGAGACGGGCAUUUGACCCUUGGGUACCUGGUGGAGCUGUUGGUUCAGGGCAGGGGCCUGUCGAGUGCAGAAGAGGGCUAAAAGUUAUGGGUCUGUGUUCCUCGUUGGCAUGAGGAAAAGGUGGCAAUGCCCAGGACAUGAGCCAGACCCACAGGCUCUGUGUCGUCCACCCUGGGAUCGGCAGCCAGGCCCCAGGAGCUACUGGGGCUGACUAGACCUGAGGGGGAUCUGACCCUUCCCACCCGCCACAGUUGGUUCACCUCUUCCCUCCCUUCCUAGAGCUCCUCAAGUGCUCAAGGCCCCGUGGCCUCGGCCCUUCCGUCUGCCCCCCAGGGACAACAUUCAGGUACCCCACCACACCCACACACUCCUGGUGCUUCCUGGCCUUUGCCAAGUUCUGAAUUCUUCAACCUCCAGAUUCUCCCCAUGGGUUAUGUACUUCCUGCUCUGGGCUUCACUUGGGACAAGCCCUGCUGCUCCUCUGGGUGGGUCUGGCUUCCCUCAGCCCACCAGGCUAAGCAGCACCUGUACCCUAGAUGCUAAUGAAAUGUGCCUGGGGGCUGGGCCCCCGCCACCUCCUGUAGAAGGAAGACCAGAGAGGUGGGCCUUGCCUGUGCACAGCAGGACCAGCGUGGACCCACACCCUGUGCCUCGGCCUCCUAGGGGUGCUCCAGCUGAGGCUUGACCUGCACCCUCUCCCCUGCAGGUGCUGCUGGGUGCCCAGCCCUAGGCCCUCUGACUCUGAUCCCACAGUGACUGAGAGUCCCAGCGGGCCAUGCAACUCUGCCAAGGUAUGGAGCCCCUCCCCUCGGGAGACAGAUGGAGCCACUUAGCAGGGACAGCUGGGGCUUGGCCCACCUGCCUUGACCAGCCCAGUUCAUUCUUGUCCUUGGGGGUUCAGGCAAGGAUGCUGCUUCCGGAAGUAGCCCCAGAGAACACCCUAUCCAGGGUUUCCCAUGCACCCUAGGUCUGAGAAGAGAAGGUGAAGCCCACCCUCACCACUUGAAGGUGCCACCUAAAGCAUGGUUAACUAUAGGGUAGCUCCUGCUAGGGUGGCUCUGCCACCCUGUGCCCACUGGGACUUGGGCAAGCCGAGGAUGUAGCUGCCUCUCUGGAGCAGUCUGGCUGCUGGGCUCUGAGCACAGCAGUGACACCUGUUGGCCAACAGCUGUCCCUCAAUCAGGACAGCAUACCAGGUUCUGUGUUCUCCAGAAGCUCUGAGGAGAUUCACAGAAGGGGCAGGGAGAUGGCAGCAGGGCCCCUUGUCCUCAGGGGCUUGGAGGGGCUGUACCAGAGGCCUUCUGGGUGACUGAGAAUCAUCCAGCCAGGUCCUGCCCUUCCCACUACAGAGAUGAGGAGACAGGUUGAGGGACGUUGUCAAGGAAGGUCGUGCGAGUCCGUGGAAUGGAGUCAAAAGCUGUCUGCCUGGACUGCAGUUCCUGCCCCCACCUCUGCCCUUGGAGAAAGACUAGGAAAAGGCAGGGGGCGGAGCCCCUCAGAAGGGACAGACCCUGUGUCUGCAGGAGCCGCUGCCUGGAGGAGUGGGCCUCUGAGAGCUCUGGGAGCUGGAUACUAGGGGCAGCAGCCAGCCUUCAGGCCAGCAGUAUGGCUGAACGUGGCAGAGACUGGGAUUAGAGGUCUCUCAUGGGUGCCCUAUGGGAGGAGUGCAGCAGUUGUGAACCUCCCUGGGGAGCACUGCAUAGCCAGCGGGUAGAGACAGUGUCCCUGGAUCUCCAGAUGACACCCAGGGCCCAGAGAGAAAGGGGUCAGCUGGGCCCCAGAGCUGAUGCCUAGGCCAGGUAGUGGCUGAGGACUGUGAAGGGAGUACAGGGCACCCUGCUGCCCUCCCAGGCCCUUCCCUUCUGGCUGCAUCCUGUACUGCCUCCAUGCCGGGCAGAACAGUGGGGUCAGGCACCCCAGCUGCCCUCCUCCUGGGGUUGCCUGUGUGCUCAACCCUCCUGCCUGGUCAGCGUUCUGCUGCUCUUUCAGCCUUGGCACAGGGGCCGGACAAGACCAGCAGGCGUGCACUGGGCCAGUGGGCAGCUGAUCAGGCUGGUACCAUGUCCACCGUGGGCUGCCCAGCAGAGGGACCUUGAGUUCCAUGGAGUCUCGUUUGGUUUUGACCUUCUGAAUGUCAGCCACUGACACCCUGAGGUGACACAUCCCCUCUGCAGACCCCCAGCUCCACCACCCCUGCCUCCUGGCUCCUGAGACUGAGGGGCCUGCUCACUCCUCCUGGCGUUUCAGUCACUCAGCCCCACAGGGACAGAAGCCCACUCCCCGGGCUGACCCUGCCUUCCCACACUGCACCAUCUGGAAACUUCUGUGUCUCCCUGCCCAUUGACACGCUCCAGGCUGCACCCUGCCUUGCUGCCCUGGCCCCACCCAGCUCUUUCCAGUGAGUGUCCUCUGAACGUUUCCAGCUUUUCCAGUGGCUCUUCCUCAUCUCUCAGCACAGGACUUGCCUUCGCUAUCCAGUGCUGCCCUCAAACCAGCCUAUGCUACAGGUGCCUCCAGCAUGGCAGCAGCCGAAGUGCCCGGCUACCUUGUGUCUCCCCAGACGGAGAAGCACCGGAGGGCCCGCAACUGGACGGACGCGGAGAUGCGCGGCCUCAUGCUCGUCUGGGAGGAGUUCUUCGAGGAGCUGAAGCAGACCAAGCGCAACGCCAAGGUGUACGAGAAGAUGGCCAGCAAGCUCUUCGAGAUGACCGGCGAGCGCAGGCUGGGCGAGGAGAUCAAGAUCAAGAUCACCAACAUGACCUUCCAGUACAGGAAAUUAAAAUGCAUGACAGAUAGCGAGUCCGUCCCGCCGGACUGGCCCUAUUACCUAGCCAUUGAUAGGAUUCUGGCCAAAGUCCCUGAGUCCUGUGAGGGCAAACUACCAGACGGCCAGCAGCCGGGGCCCUCCACGUCCCAGACCGAGGCGUCUCUGUCGCCGUCCGCUAAGUCCACCCCUCUGUACUUACCGUAUACCCAGUGCUCCUACGAAGGCCGCUUCGAGGACGAUGGCUCCGACAGCUCCUCCAGCUUACUGUCCCUUAAGUUCAGGUCAGAGGAGCGGCCCGUGAAGAAGCGCAAGGUGCAGAGCUGCCACCUGCAGAAGAAGAAGCUGCGGCUGCUGGAGGCCAUGUUGGAGGAGCAGCGCAGGCUGAGCCGCGCCAUGGAGGAGACCUGCCGCGAGGUGCGGCGCGUGCUGGACCAGCAGAACAUCCUACAGGUGCAGAGCCUGCAGCUGCAGGAGCGCAUGAUGAGCCUGCUGGAGAAGAUCAUCGCCAAGUCCAGUGGCUAGGCCGCUUGCAACCGCCAGGCCGCAGCCGGGCAGCAGGGUCCUGCGGAGGGGACAGGCUUCCACUCGGCCUCCAGGGGCUGCCCCUGGUAGGGACGUCCCUGAUGAGGACCCCAUGGGCCCUGGGCAACCAUGAGACCCCUAUCUAUCUCCAGCAUUAAUGUCCUUCCUUGGACAAGACCAGGGACUCUCAGGUCACUCCUAGUAAGAGUGUCUAGAACCCACCCUCCACGGUAGUCUCAUCGAUGAUACCUGAAAUGGCUUUUGAUAUUAAAUGUGUACUUUUCACUAUU